CAUCUAAAAUUCAUUCCAGAUACACAAUAUUACCAUUUCUCUCAAGCAUUGUUCACAAAUCAGUCUAAAUGUGUGAUAGUGAUGUAAGGAUUUGAUUUACAUCUAUUUAAUGAACCAUAAGAUAUGAGAUUCCAUAGAAAAUAUGAAAUCAAUCUUAUGGAUCUUUGGAUAACUUAAAUGCUGGAUUCCUGGAGGGAAUGGAAGAUCAUAUGCCUCUCCCAGUUGUCCAUUGAGGAUGUCGAAGACGUGUGGAUAUUCGGCCUGAUGAUCACUGGAUUUCUCCUGAUCGGAGUGGGAGGAUAUCUGGUUUUCUGGAAAUUUGGGAAGACGGGAGCAAUUGAAGGGCGACCCGCACCCACGGAAAGCACCAUCCGUGUGGAGACUUCACAGACUGGGACGUUACUCGAGGUGAAUAGUAAGAUGGACAAUGUUCUAGCUGCGAUACCGGUAUUAGUGCACAAAAUGGAUGUCAUCUCAGAGAUGGUCACCGGACGGUAUGGACAAGUUUAAAAACCCAAAUUGGCUUCACUGAAGGACUGGAAUGAUCAGUUUAAAGACUGAAGGCAGAGAGGAAAAUUAUCUCAGCCUGGCCCAAACAAAGUCUUGUUAUCCGAAUCUGGCGCCCUAGCAGCCUUGAGCGGCUACAAACCCCCACGAAGGAAUGCAGACAGAUGCUUGCAGGCACCAUAUUAGGUACCCACAGGCCUUUUCUCUAAAUAGCACAAAAAUUAAUCACUAUAGAUUGAAAAACUACAAAUUUAUUUGAAAAAACUUCGAAAUAUGUCAAUUCUCAUGAAGCUUAGUUUAACUCUUAUCUAUUGUAGUUCCAAGGUCAGCAUUGUAUCAACCUGGUAUCCUUUGGUGUGGCACAUUCCCAUGAAGUUAGCCUAGUGAACUAACCAAAGUCACCUUGCAAAGUGGUUUUCCAGACUCCCAUAAAGUAGCUUUAACCUCCACAAGUUGUUUGUAUAAAAGGUCAAACGUGAAAAUUACAUUAGCAUGUAUUAAAAACAAAGUAUAAAACAUUUGUCAUGGUUUUCACGUUAAAUGGUUCAUUCUUGAAGAACAGGGGUUGAAUGUUUUGUCCCUGGCAGAUCCCUGGGUGCGUCUCUGACGUCACUGAUCAUGUGGUUUAAACACCAACAACAACGGUCAGAGUCCGGAAAGGCUUCCAUUUUCCGCAGUUUUUGACGCUUAUAAUAGAGGUAAAGAGAUUACAGUCGCUGUGGGCUUAAAUGGGUGGAUUAUUGUUUAUUGUGGAUUUUGGGGAAAGUUAAGUUUCGUUUCUUCGUUUCAGGUCCAAGAUGGCGGCCGUACCGGACGAGUCUCAGUUUACUCUGCUGAGUCUGGAGGAGGACCUGACCUGCAGCAUCUGUCUCAGCACCUUCGACUGUCCCGUCACCAUCCCCUGCGGACACAACUUCUGCCACGACUGUCUGCUGUCCUCAUGGAAGGACUCCUACAGCUGCCCGCUGUGCCAGACCCUGUUCGAGUCCAAACCGGAGCUGAAGAAGAACACGGUCCUCAGCACCGUGGCGGACACCUUCAGAAGUAGGUCCACAAAGGAGGAGAUCGAACCCGAAUAGGAUGUCGUCCGCUGCGACACCUGUAUGGAAGCCUAGGCGGCUCAGACCUGCCUCACCU